AUGCAACCAUCCAACUCUCCAAUCUCUCCUUCCUUUCUCAACAAAUUUCUUGGAAAGUCUUCCAACAGUGAAAGAAUUAACAAUAACAGCAAUAGCAACAACAGUAACAACAAAUCUUCAUGGUCCUCUCUCUUUGGUUCUUGUGUCAUUUUACCUCUUCAUUGUAUCAUCAUUAUUGUUCACUCGAGUCACGCAACAUCCAAUUUGGAAAAUUAUUUCAAGAAAAAUGAAAUCAACAACAACAACAACAAUUGCUCUUGUUCAAAUUCAUCGUCUUGCUCAUCAUCCUCAUGCUCAUCAUCGGAACGAAGAAAAUCCAUUCAUGGAUCUAGCACUGCUACUUCUGCAGCGAUUCAACAAGUCCGCUCUCAUUCAGAAUUGAUGGCAACAGCCUCCACGGGACAUCUUCUCGAUAAGAAGCUUUCAAUGAAUGAUUUAAAACAACAAUCAUAUGGAAUGAAUCAUCCUCCAUUGAUGAAUCAUGAUUUAGUCCUCCAUGAUCAACAACAACAACAACCAAACAAUUCUUCAUAUCAUCCCAACGCAAAUCAGCAACAACAACAACAUUCGGAUGACUCGGCUGGCAAUACCACAAGUCAUUGUUCUUCCUCGUCCUCCGAGAAUGAUAACAUGUCUUCAACCUCAUCGUCUGCAUCUCCUCGGUCUUCAUCAUCAUCGUCCAAGAAGGCAAAGAUUUCAAAACGGCAAACGAAAUGGACAUUGGAAGAUUGUGGAAAUGUUGAAUUUUUGAGAAAACGAUUUAUUGAUUAUAUGGAAGGUCAUGAUUAUAUGAAUGUCAAAUCGCCAGAAAUCAAACUCUUAUUUCUUGAUUUGUUUUAUGAAACGACAAGACGAAACUCCAAGCAUCCACUGACGAAAUGUCAUGACGUUCUGAUGCUAUUGGAAGAAUUUUGUAAAAACUAUGUGACCUAUUUGCAAUUGCAAAAUUAUUUUCAUAUUGCAUUUGGAACGAUUGAGGAAUUAAGAAGGACAGGAUGUGAGUGUCCCUACUUGACCUAUUUAUCCAAUCAAAACAAUGGAAAUGCAUUCAAAGGAGUGAAACAUGAAACUCUUGAAGCGUUUUUAAGCACUUCUUUAAGUACACUGAAUUCACAAGUGAUUCAGUGUGGAAAUUCCAGAGAAAACUCAGAAGAAUGGAAUACACACAAUCAAACUCUCGAAUCAUGCCUGACCAAUAUCGGAUCCAUUUGUGACAUGUUUUACAUUGAAUUGGACGACAUGUUUUCGUAUUUUCAAGCUGUGAAAUCGAAUCGAGACUUGAUGGCUGAAUGGCUCAAAAAGGGAAUUGAAAAUCAAACCAUUCCCAAGAAUGUCAUUGAAUUAUAUCGAAAGAAAUUACAAGAAGAUGAAAGAGCAUUGGAAAUGUUUCAAUUUCAUCAGGAUGAUUUCAAUGCCAAAUCCAUCAUUGACAAGGAUUGGGAAUUUUCAAAGUAUUUCACUAAAAACACCAUCUCAUCAGAUUGGUUCCUAACAUGCAAAGAAUUUCCCAAAUUCAUUCAAUGGUCAACAAAAUCUGCCUAUUCGAAUAAUGAUUGGGAUUUGAGAGGUCGAUCCAAGCUCAUUGCCAAUUUAGACUAUUCCAUCGAGGAUGUAGUGAAAUCAUACAAUACGGACAAGCAUUUAGCAGCUUCAUUUUCUAACGUGAAAUUCGAUGAAUAUUUUCCAAUUGUCGAAUCGAGUUCCUUACACAAGUAUCCAUCGGGUGUCAUGAGUUCAGUCUUGGAUUUGGGAAAAUUGGUCAAAAAGAGAAAAGUCAAGGUCAUCUUUUCGACCAAAACAAAAUUUGUUGGAAAUGAGUUGACAGAAUUUACACUCUUCUACAAAUCGUGUGAACUUGACAAGACUGCCAACGACGAUAUCAAAGUAACUGUGGUUGGAACGAGAGUGUUCACACGUCUCGACAAGAAUCGAACACGCUUCAGUCAGGUGCGAAUGGGUAACUUGGGUGGAUUUCUAAAUCAUUCUCUCAUUAUUCGAAACAAAUUAGCGAUGAGAAAAAUUGCUCGUGAAGAGUAUGAAAAGUUGAUGGAAAUGAUUGAGGAGGCGAAACAAGAAGGAUUUCCCUUGCCACCCUUAGAAAAUAAUUACUUGAUGAGGGUAUGGUGUGAAUUUUGUAAACAUUAUUGUGGUGUGGAUAUUCGAGAAAAAUUAAAGUGA